AUGAAUUCUUCAAUAACAACCACUCCAUCAUUAAUCCCUUCACCUAUUAGCUACUUCGAUUCACCAUUGGUUGGAUCAAUCAAUUCUACUUCCUUUAACACAAGUCCUAAUCUUGAGCCUGCUUUAAGUUUUUUCCCUGACCUUAUUCGUCCUAUCAACAUGGCAGACGAACAACAACAACCAUUGUUACAAUUAACAACAACCACAGACAUUCCUUCAGUAACAAUUCCUGUAGAUGACGACGUUAUUACAUCUACAACUAUAAAUAAUUCCUCUAAUUCUACCACUAAUUCAAAAACAACAUCUUUAUCAUCAUCACCGGCUCUUAAUAUUCCAUGGGCCGAUACAACAAAUGACACAGAAGAUUUUAUUUCUGACUUCUUUAUUAAUAAUAAUAAUGCCAAUAAUGCUUCUACAAGUACUACAAACAGUAGUUUAACAUCAUCACCCGCGACCGCUUCUUCUUCUUCAUUUAAUAUUAAAGAAAUAGGCAAAGAUCCUGAAAUGAUUGCUGAAGAAUUAGCUGUUAAGCGAGCAAAAAAUACUGAUGCAGCUAGAAGAAGUCGACUCCGUAAAGUGAUGAAGAUGGAAUCACUAGAGAAUCAAGUGUCUGAUCUGAAAAAUGAAAACAGUGAACUAAAUACAAAAAUCGCUGUUAUGGAAAGCGAGAAGAAAGGUUUAGAACAUAAAAAUAUGGAAAAAGAUACAAGGAUAAGGAUGUUGGAACAACAAUUGGCUGAAGCUCAUGAACGUUUAAUCAGUAGAUCUUAA